AAUUGGGAAGUUUUCUUUUCAGAAACACCUGCUUGUACAGUCCUAACUUUUUGACUCCGUAUAAGAGACACGCAAGCAAACACCACACUGUAUACAGAGCCAGCCUCGGAGAAAGGCAGACACCGCCCUCCCCUCCGCUCUCGAGCAGCCAGGGUAUGACGCCAUGACGCCCCAAUUCAAAAGUAGCGCCCUGCUCCGCCAAUCCCCACAAUGCCCUGUUCUCACCCCUCCCCUCUCCCCCCGCCCUGGGCGAACCGCGCCGCGCAGGCGCACUCCCCAGCUCCAGGCCGCCAUUUUGUGCAGAGCCUACUCUGCUAAAGCGGGAGAGGAUUAAAACGGCCGUAGGAGAAGGGCGCAUUUCUUCGUCGUCGCUGGCAGAACCCAGACCAGGUCCUGGGCUUUCGCUCGAAUUUUAGGAGAGAAUAAACCGAGAAAUCCAGAGAGAGAGAGGGAAACCCGCGGCUCGUGGGGAUAACUGAUUCCAGAGAAGAAGGCGACACCGACACACACUCAAUCGCCGCUUUUGCGCGGAUUAUUUCGGCCUCGGCUCGGGCGAGCGACCGAUUCCGGCGUCGGAAAGGUGGAAGUGUAGCUAUCUAGCAGGCAGUAUUCAGGCAGGCAUUUGUCGACAGACGCUGAGGUCAGCCAGCAAGCCACAGAACUAGAAAGAUGAAGUUUUCAUUAGUAGUGCAGGGUAUGUCCAUGGAAACUGAACCGACUGAACCAGUCGUGGAUGAGGGCGAUGCCUUCUCCAAGGGGAAGGAACGAAAGACCUACCACAGGAGACGUGAGGGGGGCACAGAGGAGGAGGGCGCAGAGCUGAUUCACAGCCAGGCUGACGGGGGUGCAGAAGAGCAGCAGCAGCCGGUGGCACCACAGCAGCAGUCUGGGGACGGGGAGAUGGUGCAGGACGUGAACGUUAACGUGAAUGUCAACAGCAAUGUGGAGAUGAUGGUGAUGGAGCAGCUGGACCCCACGUUGCUGCAGAUGAAGACGGAGGUGAUGGAAACUGCAGUGCACCAGGAGGCCAGCGAGGCCACUGUGGACGACACCCAGAUCAUCACCCUUCAGGUGGUCAACAUGGAGGAGCAGCCCAUCAACCUGGGUGAGCUGCAGUUGGUGCAGGUCCCCGUCCCUGUGUCAGUGCCAGUCAGUACUACCACUGUGGAUGAGUUGCAGGGCACUUAUGAGAACAUGCCCAAGGAAGGCGAGCCAGUCAUCUGCCAUACACUGCCCCUCCCUGAAGGUUUCCAGGUGGUUAAAGUGGGUGCCAAUGGUGAGGUGGAGACUGUGGAACAGGAAGAGCUCCAGCAGCAGCAGCAGCAGCUCCAGCAGCAGCAACAACAGCAACAGCAGCAGCAGCAACAGAAUGAAGACAGCUCCUGGGCCAAGGAUCCAGAUUACCAACCCCCAGUCAAGAAGGUGAAGAAGGUCAAGAAGAGCAAGCUGCGCUACAACACGGAGGAGGGCAAGGACAUGGAUGUGUCUGUGUACGACUUUGAGGAAGAGCAGCAGGAAGGCUUGCUGUCCGAGGUCAACGCAGAGAAGGUGGUGGGCAAUAUGAAACCUCCCAAACCUACCAAGAUUAAAAAGAAAGGAGUGAAGAAGACAUUCCAGUGUGAGCUCUGUAGCUACACUUGCCCUCGCCGCUCCAACUUGGACCGCCAUAUGAAGAGCCACACUGACGAAAGGCCACACAAAUGUCACCUGUGUGGCAGAGCCUUUAGGACUGUCACGCUUCUUAGAAACCACUUGAACACCCACACAGGUAAGGUGCCUAAGGGGGGUUUAAGCAAGUGUGUUUUUCAGGUCAGUAAAUUAAAGCGCCACAUCCGUUCCCACACCGGAGAGCGUCCAUUCCAGUGCAGCUUGUGCAGCUAUGCCAGCAGAGACACGUACAAACUGAAGAGACACAUGAGGACCCACUCAGGAGAGAAGCCUUAUGAAUGCUACAUCUGCCAUGCUCGCUUCACUCAAAGCGGCACUAUGAAGAUGCACAUUUUGCAGAAGCACACUGAGAACGUGGCCAAGUUCCACUGCCCACACUGUGAUACUGUUAUCGCCAGAAAGAGUGACCUUGGUGUCCAUUUGAGGAAGCAACACUCGUACAUUGAGCAGGGCAAGAAGUGCCGUUACUGUGAAGCAGUGUUCCACGAGCGCUACGCUCUCAUCCAGCAUCAGAAGUCACACAAGAACGAGAAGCGCUUUAAGUGUGACCAGUGCGACUAUGCCUGUCGACAGGAGCGCCACAUGGUCAUGCACAAACGUACGCACACGGGAGAGAAGCCUUACGCCUGCAGCCAUUGUGACAAAACCUUCCGGCAGAAACAACUCCUGGACAUGCAUUUCAGACGAUACCAUGACCCCAAUUUUGUGCCCACUUCCUUUGUGUGUACCAAGUGUGGUAAAACCUUUACUCGGCGGAACACCAUGGCCAGGCAUGCAGAGAACUGCACCGGGCCUGAUUCUGCAGAGGGAGAGAAUGGAGGAGCACCAAAGAAGAGCAAAGUUGGAAGGAGGAAGAAGAUGCGCAGCAAAAAGGAUGAUGAGGAUGAUGACAGCGAGGAUCACGCGGACCCUGAACUGGACGACAUUGAUGAACAGGAUGAGGAGGAGCUGCUGGCUACGUCGGAGACCGAUGUGGUGGAGAUGGAAGAGGCGCCGCCCACUCCCCAGCUGCCCGCCCAGCUCACCCCGGCCAAGAGGAAACGAGGCCGGCCCCCCGGCAAGGCCAACGCCCCCAAACCGGCGCCCCCAGCGGCCAUCAUCCAAGUGGAGGACGAGAGUACCGGUACCAUUGAGAACAUCAUUGUGGAGGUGAAGAAGGAGCCAGAGCAGGCCACCGAGGAGGCUGAGAGCGAGGCUGUGCAGCUGCCUGUGGUGGAGGGGGCUCCCAAUGGGGACCUGACACCCGAGAUGAUCCUGAGUAUGAUGGACCGAUGAUGGGAGUCCUGCAGCAAGCUUGUCUGUGCGUCUUUCUCUAACCUCCCCCCCUCCCUCCCUCCUCUAACCCCACCCUGUAUUUUUUUUAAUAGCCUGGGAUGUUCGAAAGCAACUUCAACUUUCCAAAUUUUGCCACCACUCACAACCACCACCACCCCUCUUCUCUUACUCCUUGGCUGAACUCUUUUUUUUUUUCCCAUUGCAGUACGUGCUUAUUUUUUCAGGCCACUUGAUCCUUUGUGUGUGCCGUGAGGGGUCGCUAUGUUAAGGAUAAGGUUUUUUUUUAAUCGGAUGAAUGGAGAUGUUUUCCUGCUGUGUCAUAAAUUGUUGCAGAUGUACCAUGAAAGGUGGGUUGGAGCUGUGGUUAAGCUUUUACAGUGCUCAACCUGAUUUUGCAAGAUGCUUUGUACAGUCCUGGAUAUGUAUCACUGCUGUAGGGAGAGGGGAGUCUUGUUUUUUGUUUUUUUUGCCUAUCAAAGGGAUUCCUGUUGUCAGAUGUUUGAUAAGCCUUGCUUGAUUGUGUAUUUGACCUACUUAUCUUUUCCAUAUUACAGAUAUACAAAAGUUAAGGGCAAUGAGGAAUGAUGGUAUUUGAACAGACUAGAAAAUAUGGCAUUGCAAUAUUAAAGCCUCCAAUAUUGCUGUACGAAGCAUCUCGGCUAGUUUUGCUUGUAAAUAUUUUUUCUUUGUUUUUACAUUUUAAUCUUUUCUAGUCAUUUAAGACCUUGUAAAUGCUGGAAGAAUAGCAUUUUAACAGUAGCUUUGGACUUGCGCUGAUGAAAGCUGUCUCAAUCUGUAGUGUGUAAAUGUGCAAAUUUACUAUUAAAUCAUGUAGGACUAUUUUGCCCUCCCCCCCCCCUCAUGUCCCCCCCUUUUUUAACAAAAUGCUUGCAGAUCAUGGAAUUCGGAUGUUUCAGAGCACACUGUCAAACAACAAUGGAGGGCAAAUCUUUUUAAUUGUAAAUUUUUAAAGCAAAGUAGAGGCUGUCACCUCUAUAUUUUUCUUUUGGAAGAGGAACCUUGUUUUCUUGUUCAUGCGAGGACCCAUGAGGAAACCAUAGUUAGAACCCUGACGCCAAAAGAUUGAGGCUGUAAGUAAACUCCAGGGGUCAGCGAUGUGCGUGAAGGGUUUUGAAGAAAUGUGAAUGGGGUGGGGAAGAAUGCUUGUAUAAAGUUUGUCAUUUGUUAAAAUAUGUAAGCUUUUACAGAACAUCGUUUUUUGCUGAUUCAGAACGGACGUUCCUCUAUGUAUUGCAUUUAAAUUGCUUUUUUUUGUUUAGCUCUUAAAAUUCUAGGUUGAUGCAUUUUUGUACUUAGCUGUACUGUGUGAAUUUUUCGGUGGCCUAAAAGCCGACAUUAUAAAGACAUUUAUUAGGG